ACCAUAUGUUUGUAUUGUUCGCAUAUACGUAUCUAUAUUCAAAACGGGAGCAGCUUGGAAUGUUGCGUGUCAUGUUGUUCAUUGAUCAUUUAGCAAUGGGUCUGCACCAGCACUGUUAACGAGUCUUUUCUGUUUCCAUACAUGAUGAUUUAUCAGUCGUGCACUGAUAGGAAAUGUCUGGAGGACGUUUCGUAACACGUGACCUACAUGCACACAACGACGCCAUUCGUGAAUAUGCACACAAGAAACGUGGAAUAUCUGGCAAUAUGCCUCCACCUGUGGCUUGCUAUUUCCUAUUCAGCAAUCCCCACAAAGGAUAUGGGAAAUGUACAAACGUGUGAAGGAAAAACAGAAUAUUUUCCCUGGAUCAAUGAUACUCAAAAUCUUCGAAAAGUUCGAUAUGAUUUUAAAAACAAAAAUAUUGCAAAUUCAUUCCGUCCAAAUUUCUCAUCGGUGAAAUUCACAGGUGAAACACUGAAAUACCGUCUACGUGUAUUGGAAGAAGACGACAUCGUUGCAUUUCAAAUAGAUAAUGUAACGACGGCAGACAGUGGGGAAUAUAAUAUCAGUUUGACCUAUAUCAACGGGGUCAAGAAGGGACGCAUUGGACGUUUGGACGUGAAAGAAAAUGUCUUAGGGAACUUCAACAUAACAUGUGAAAACGACACAGAGACAGUCGUCUGUACAUGUGGGAAUAAGACUGGCAGCGAUCUGUACACAUGGGUCUUUGAAGGGCAACCAAUAGUGAUACCUGAAAUGACCACAAACGAAUCCAAACUUGAAUUGGGAGUCUUUCCAAUAAACGGGUCAGUUUUCUGCAAACGCCGUUCCGACUGUAAAACGUCAAAUACCUUCUACUUCAAAUCAGAUCAUGGGCCUACGAUCUCCUUAGCGGGCGAGAACAUCCCUUAUGACACUGUGGCAAUCGCUGUGAUUAUUCCUGUCCUCAUCAUCGCUAUCAUCGCUGCCACGACAUCCUAGGUAACAUAUUUCUUUUGCAG